UAUCCUUUCGCUACCGUUGGAUGAAACUUCGCAAAUUAUACACUACACAAACCCCGCUUGCUUCAAGUUUGAAAUUGCAAUCAAUUUGCAGAACCAAACACACUAAACAAAUGCGAAACCUAAUCCACUUCACUCACACUGAUAACUGAGCAUAGAAGAAAAUUGCAGUUAAAUCGAUCAUGGAUCCUAUUUCCGAUCUCUUAGAAAUCACCGGCGAGGACGAUUCUCUACUCUCCGGCGCCAACGGUUCUACCGCCGCCGACAUUUUCUCAUGCUCUCCUCUUGUAUCUAUCAGAUCCCGCCCUCUUCAAACCGAGCAACCAGCAGAGGGAAUCGAAAUUACUUCGGUAGUUUCUGAAGAUUUGACUUCGUCUCCGAAAGUCUCUCAGCAGUCUCAGCAGAAGAAAAGGAAGAAAAAAUUCGGUGGGUUCAAUUUGCGCAAAAGUUUGGCAUGGGAUAGAGCUUUCUUUACUGAACAAGGUGUUUUGAACCCCACAGAGCUUUCUAUGAUCAGUGGCACUGCCACACCUAAUUCGAAGUCAAAUUUGGAAGUUAUAGAUGAAGAAGAACUUGCUACAACUUCAAGAGCAUUGCAGGAAAUCGAAGGAAAUCUGUUUAAACAUUCAUCCGGAGGUGUUUCAAUCAGAGCGAAAAAGAUUGGUGCUGUUUCUGGCUUAUCACCAAAGCCUGGUGCAUCGGUCAAACGAACACCACCCGUUGCUUCCUUGGGAAAGAGGAAAGUGCUUGCAACCAACAAUGUUGGAAAUAAAUAUAAGCGCAGUGCUAUUCCAAGGACGAUACCUUCUUCAUCAUAUCCUUGCCAUUGCUUAUUUAGAUGCUUAUAAUUAACAGUCAGUUUUAUGAAGAAGAAUCUUAUGGGGAAAAACAUAGAAAUAAUCUUACUGUAACUAUGUGUUUUUUAAAGAAAAAGUUUAUAUUGAAUAAGUUGUAAUUGAUUUCUGCUUCUUUACUUCUUUUGGUACUUUACUCAUUUAAUUUCUCCAUAACCUUUUAUAAACUUAUGAAGACUUUCAUGAGUAAAAACUGUGAACUUAUUUUAGCCGAAGUGAUUUUAUAAACUUGUUUAGAUGCAUAUUGUUAACAGUCAGCUUUGUCAAGAAGAAUCUUAUGAGAAAAAACGUAGAAAGAAUCUUACUGUAACUAUGUGUUUUUUAAAGAAAAAGUUUAUAUUGAAUAAGGU